AUGGAUUUGACCAAUUGUAUGAAGGUGACGGAGUUCAUCCUCUUCGGAAUCCCACAGACUGGGAGAAUUAAUAUCCCUUUGUUUGCUGCUGUCUGCCUGCUCUACUUUUUAUGCAUUGCAGGAAAUGGUUUGAUCAUUGUGCUGGUGCAAAUGAACAGCCACCUCCAGAAGCCCAUGUACUUCUUCCUUAGCAACCUCUCUGUUCUUGAGAUUGGGUACACCACCGCCAUUAUCCCCAAGAUGCUGGUCAACCUCCUUUCAGUCAACACCACCAUCUGCUUCUACUGCUGCAUGGUGCAAUCAUACUUCUACUUCCUCUUUGGCGUCACAGAGUUUUUCAUUCUGACUCUCAUGUCCUUUGAUAGGUACUUGGCCAUCUGUCAGCCAUUGAGGUACAACACCAUCAUGACCCCCAUGGUCUGCCUUAAAUGUUCACUGGCCAGCUCAUUUGGGGGCUUUUUCACCAUCAUUUUCCCAUUUGCAAUGGUGGCGAGACUAAACUUCUGUAAUUCAAACAUUAUUGACCAUUUCUUUUGUGACAUAGGACCGAUGCUGAAGAUUGCAGGUGGAGACACGCAUCUCAUUGAAACCCUUUUCUUCUUGAUUGCUGUGUCUGUGGUACUGACCUCUCUCUUCCUGACGAUGGUAUCUUACACCUUCAUCAUUUCCACAAUUAUCCGCAUUCCUUCGACCAGUGGACAGCAGAGGGCCUUCUCCACCUGCGCUUCACAUCUCAUCAUGGUCGGCAUCUUGUAUGGGCCAGUCUUUUUUAUCUACCUCAAACCUAAUACCAUGACCUCUUCUUUCAGCAUCAACAAAUCUAUCUUUCUACUGAAUGCUCUGGUCUGCCCAAUGCUUAGCCCUUUCAUAUACAUGAUCAGAAAUAAUGAGGUCAAAGAAGCUUUAUGGAAAUCGUUGUGGAAGAAGCAAACAUUUUAG